ACGCGAGAGGCUUUGUUUGAGAAGACGCUCGAACAGUAUACGCCGCAGGGUGAAGCUCGAACCGCGCUGUGGGGUAUCGCACGGAAGGGGCUUACGGAGAUCGAUGGCUGGUUGCAGGAGAACAGCAAAGGGACCGUUUUCGUCAUGGGUGACACACCCUCGUUCGCAGACGUCUCCUUCUAUGCAAGCUUGUUAUGGCUCGAGGAUGUGUUGGGGACUGGUUCCAAGGAGUGGACAGAGCUGAUGGCCGCAGACGAGGGGAGGUGGGCAAAGUUGGCAGAGAUGUUCCUCAAGUGGAAGGUCGUCGAUGAGGAAGGGUUGAAGUCUGUAUGA